AUGGAGGCUCACAGCCCGUCCCGUUCCGAUAGGCCGGAGAAUCGGAGGCAUCGAUCCAGAUCUACUGACUCGGAGGAGGAAAGACGCAGAAGGCGCAGAAAGGAACGUCGUGAAGCGACCGUACGCGAAGCUGUCGAGUUAUCGAAGAACCAUACUCGUCGGCGCGAUGACAGUCGUGAACGCGACUACGGGCGGGAUAGACAUGACGACAGAGACCGGGAACGUCGGAGGUCCCGCAGUCCAGAACACAGAUCCCCUCGACGACGGCACGACGAUCGAGACUCCAAGUAUAGAAGCAGGAGAGAUCGAUCACUAGACUCUCGAGAUCGAGAUGGCCGAUCAUCACGAGAAGGCUCUUCAGGCCAGAUUAGUCGGAGGAGCAAAGGACCGUUGCCAUCACAAGCUGCGUCUUUCCAGGCGGACCGGGACCCAAGGGCUCUUGUAGCAGGAGGGAAGGAGACACAGGAGAAACAAAAACCAAACUUCGCUCCCACCGGUCUUCUCGCGGCAGCAUCCAACUCGGUAGCACAGGCCGAUGGCACAUCCAUUGUCCUCAAGUACCACGAACCACCGGAAGCACGCAAGCCUCCUGCAAAGGACGUAUGGAAACUAUUCGUGUUCAAGGGGGCGGAUAUUGUGGACACAAUUGAGCUUAGCAUCAAGACGUGUUGGCUCGUGGGCCGUGAAUUGGCUGUAGUGGAUCUGCCGGCGGAACAUCCGAGUGUCAGCAAGCAACAUGCGGUGAUUCAGUUUCGAUAUGUGGAAAAGAAGAACGAGUACGGAGACAAGUUGGGAAAGGUCAAGCCAUAUCUCAUCGAUCUUAAUUCUGCGAACGGCACAUCGCUCAACAAGGAGGAGAUUCCCCCAAGUCGAUAUGUCGAGUUACGAGACAAGGACAUGAUACAGUUUGGGCACAGUACGAGGGAAUAUGUGUUAAUGCUCUCGCCGAACUAG